AUGUGUAAGGUUGGUUCAGAGUGCUACGCAAUCAAUCGAUACUGUAAUCCAUCUUUCGAUCUGUCGGUCACUAAACCAGGAACUGGCAUCUGGCGAAAAGUCCCCAAAAUGAUGACUGUGGCUCGAGAGGAUCCCAUUGCUUGUGUCCUUGAUGGGAAAAUAUACGUAAUGGGAGGUUGUAGCCAAGAAGAAUCCAAGAAUUGGGGUGAGGUUUACGAUACAAAGACUCAAACUUGGGAAUCUUUACCUGACCCUGGCUUCUACCUACGUGUUUCUACACUUAGGAAAAUGGAAGUGAUGGGGAAAAAGAUCUACGUUAUUAGCAGCAAGAAGAAUACGUAUCAUAUUUAUGAUACCAUAGAAGGUAGAUGGGAAGUUGUAGCACCCACGUUUGAGUGUAGUGUUGUGGUAGACAAUGUAAGGUACUGUUACACUGGUACAAAGUUUAUUUGGUACGAUAAGAAGCAUAAUGGCUCGAGAAGGGUCGACGGUUUGUCGGUACUGGAGAGGCAUUGCCGAGCUGGUAGUGGUCAUAUUGAAAUGGCUAACUACGGUGGGAAACUCUUGAUAAUUUGGGACGAGUUUGUGUAUAAUGCUCGUGAUCGCCAUGAGAAGACGAAUAUUUGGUGUGCUUUGAUUGCGUUUGAGAAGCGGAAUGGUGAUGAAGAAGUUUGGGCUAACGUUGAGUGGGCUAGUAGUGUGCUUACUGUUCCCCUUUCAUGUGUUUUAUUGCGUCAUGUGAUAAAAGCAGUUUGA